UGUAUGUUGCCAGUUGGUAAUGUGGGGAUUUUUCCCCAUUUAGUGAUAUUCUUAUCUGGCAAUUUGCAUACAUUGUGACUGCGCAUGCGCACUUUUUUCCUGAACUCCAGUCAUGGAGAAAACUUGCUGUCUGUAAAGGAUUUUUCUACUGUUUAUCGAAGAUAAAGAUUCCUGAGCAUCCUGAAAACUUGCCAGUUCAUUCAUUGAGCGUCAGUUCAUUGUUUUACACAGGUAAAUUGCAUUAUUGCAUCGUCUACUUUAAAUAAUUGCCACGGCGUCACCUGGGACAAUUACUCGAUCAAUCUGUGCUGUCGGUCAUUACGGUGUAACUGUUUGUAAACAUUGGCGAUCUGAUAUCAGAUUUGACUUUUUAUCCACUUACAUCAUAACCAAAAUUAUGUGAUGCGAUCAAGGACAACAUUGACUCUAUUGUGAUUAUUUAUCGUUUAUGUAACUUUAAUUAUUUGCGUGAUGACAACUUUGUGUGUGGGCGACUCUCAUGUAAACAGACUGAGCUCGUAUAUCGGUACACGCCUACCUAGCUCUUCAGUGUUUGAUAUUACAGGAUUGAGCGAUGUAAAAUUUUAUGGAAUUAGUGGGGGACUUAUUUCAAGUGACAGACAUUUGAGUUUGAUAACUGCUGCCGUCCGUCAGCAUCAACCACGGUAUGUGAUUGUUUGUUUUGGUGGAAACGAUUUAGAUUCAAGUGACCCAGAUUGGAGCAUUGAGGUGAUUCUCAUGAGAUUAGUGACAUUUUUGACACAGCUGAAAAAUCUUUUUAAUUUACAAAAGGUCACUGUCCUUAGCUAUUUUCCGAGGGAAAGAACUAGGUAUAUUGCACCAGAUGAAUAUCGACGAAGGACCAUUUGUGCCAACCGUUUUCUUCAUGAUGCUUGCGUACAACAUCAUAUUUCAUUUUGGAAGUUAAGAGGUUUUACAUACAGCCAGAAUCAAAUAUUAAGUGAUGGCGUUCAUCUCAACAGACUGGGUUUUUAUAAACUCCAAAGACAACUUAGAGGCAUUUUGUUGCUUCAAUAAUAACACUAUAAAAAAUUGUACACUAUUCAGGUUAGAAGACAGGGGCUUCUAUCUAUAUUGUUAUCUUUACUUUAACUGUUCAACAUAUUUCAUCCUUACGUUUAUGACCUUGAUUCUAGUAUUGUUUGCGUAAAUUUUUAUGUUGGCUCUACAUUAAUUUUAUGAUAUAUGCUGUAUACAUGUAUGCAUGUUUCAUUAUUCAUGUGUUUAUUUAUAAUUUUUGCCUAUUUUACAGUGAUAUGUGGCAGUGCUGCUGCGGGUCAUUGUUGUUAUAUUGUCAGUGAUAUUGUUUAAACACCCAAACAGAGAUGGCCACCAGACCCAAAAGGAGAAGGAAGGUGCAAUCCUCCUCGACAGACAUUCAGCCCUCUACAUCUACGAAUCAAGCCGUGGAGGACUUAGUAAGAGCGUGCAUGAGCUCGAUAACUCCAAUUAUCGAAACGACAUGUAGACGGGUCAUUGAAGAAAAACUGUCAACUGCAGAAAUUCCAGUGCCUCAGACAAUUGCCUCUUCAGACCCACCCCCGGUGGUGCCAACGACAGAUCAGUCAACAUCUGCAGAAGCAAGUCCAACUCUAUUACAAGAAAUGACAGCCACAGGUACACUGUGUUCCUCAUUAUCUGCCACCCCAAUUCUACCUGACUUGACCCCUUCCUCAACUGCUACUCUCUUAACAUUGGGGGUCGAUGAUAAGAUCCGAUCUAAAAUUCAUGCUGGGGAGUACGUGAAAUUUUCAUCUCUGUUGCCAACAGACUUUACCAUCCCUCAGUCAGACAAUUACAAGUCAAUCGAUAAAGAAGGACAGCUCCUUUUUGUUAAGUCAAAUGAUAAGGACCCCAUUAAGUCCAUGGUUAAAUGGACUGAAGCUUUCCACAUCUAUGUUGCAAUCGUGGCAGAAAAAACCCCAACUGAAAUUGGCAAUUUAAUGCUAUGUGCACAGACUAUUCAAAAAUUUGCUGAUUCUUGCGGGGAUCAUGCAGCCCUUCUCUAUGAUGAAAAAUUUCGACGUUGGAGGCAACGAGACCCUGCAGCCUGCCCAUGGCAUCUAAAAAAUGUGGAACUGUACCAAGAAGCAGUGGUGUUAGGUCUAGAUUUCAAAUUAAAAACAAAGAAACAGCCCUUUCGUGCCCCACCAAAACACAAAUACUGCUUCUCUCAUAAUAACCAUGGAACCUGCCCAAAAGGCAAUGCUUGCCCCCACCCCCAUGUCUGUCAGCUCUGUGCUGGGAAACACUGGCGGAAAUUCUGCCCUAAAUUCAAAAGUUCCUCAAAAUACCAUUCAAACAAUUCUACCAACAACUCAAACAAAUCCUCUACAACUAACAAAGGAUCAAUCAAUUUCAACUCCAAUACGGAUCUAUAGUUUAACUCACUACUUACAAAACUAUGAGUCAGAAUUAGCUAAUUUUCUCAUACAAGGUUUCACGUUUGGCUUCAAAAUUCCAUACAAAGGACCUCGCCAGUUUAGGUUAUCUAGAAAUCUCUCUUCUAUCGAGGGCAAGGAACAUAUUCUGCAACAAAGAAUUGAUCAAGAACUAAAGCACCAGCGCAUUGCUGGACCUUUUUGUAAGCCUCCCUUUCCGAACAUCCAGAUAUCCCCGUUAGGUCUAGUUCCUAAAAAAUCCCCUGGGGAAUUUAGAUUAAUUCACCAUCUAUCAUUUCCAGAAAAGGCCUCAAUUAAUCACCACAUUCCUAAGGAAUUUUGUACAGUCCAAUAUCAGUCAAUUCAUAAUGCAAUCGAGAUCAUCAAACAGGUGGGAAAAGCGGCUCUAUUAGCAAAGAUAGAUAUUGAAAACGCAUAUAAACAAAUCCCUAUCCAUCCUAGCGAUUUUGAACUUCUGGGUUUCAUGAUAAAUAAUCAGUAUUACUAUGACAAAACACUUCCAUUUGGCUUAAGCGAUUCCUGCAAUCUCUUUGAGAAAUUUAGUACAGCACUUCAGUGGAUUCUAACUACAAAAUUUUGGGUACAACAUUGUGUCCACAUGUUAGAUGAUUUUCUUUUUAUUGGCGCACCUUCUUCCCCUGAGUGUUACAGUUCUUCGCUUGCUUUCUAUGUUUUAGCAAAGGAUAUAGGUCUGCCAAUUAAAUCGGAGAAAAUUGUGUACCCUACUACUAUUUUGACUUUUUUGGGACUUGAGUUAGACACUGUGCAAUUUCAAGUUAGAUUACCCAAUGAUAAGCUUAUUCAGUUGCAAUCAGAGAUCAAAAAAUUUCAAAACAGACAUUCUGUUACAUUACAGGAACUACAGUCCCUUAUUGGAAUGUUAAAUUAUGCGUGUUGUGUAGUGCCUCCUGGGCGUACUUUUUUAAGGAGACUCAUUAACUUGACAAUAGGUCUUAAAAAGCCUCAUCAUCAUCGCAACCUCAAUUUGGAGGCAAAGGCAGAUUUAAAAGCUUGACAGGUUUUCUUAGAAAGCUUUAAUGGCAAAGCCUUCUUCCCAUCACACAUUGUUCAUUCAACGUCCUCCCUGCAUUUAUUUACAGAUGCAAGCAAUCUAGGUUUUGGGGGUAUUUUUGGUACAAAAUGGUUCUCAGAAAAAUUUUCACAAGAGUGGUUAUCUUGCCAUAUUUCAGUUCGUGAAUUUUUACCCAUUGUGAUAGCAUUUGAACUUUGGGGGUCUUGUCUAGCUAAUUCUACCGUUGUUAUUCAUUCGGAUAACUCUGCAGUUGUUCAUGUUAUCAAUAAAAUCACAUCCAAAGAUACCAGGCUUAUGCAACUCAUGCGAAGACUAAUGAUUAUGUCGUUGUCACAUAAAAUCCAUUUUCAAGCACAACAUAUUCCUGGAGUUGCAAAUACAGCAGCUGAUUUACUUUCUCGG